GGGCCCGGCCCGGCGCGUGCGUCAGGUUCGGUAGCGCUGCGCCAGGGGCCGGGUAAAGUGAUCAGCAGCAGCAAUAGGAGAAAUGGAGAUGCAGUCAUAUUACACGAAACUCUUGGGAGAGCUCAAUGAGCAAAGAAAGAGGGAUUUUUUUUGUGACUGCAGUAUUAUUGUGGAAGGCAGGAUCUUCAAAGCUCACAAGAACAUUCUCUUUGCCAAUAGUGGCUACUUCAGAGCCUUAUUAAUUCAUUACAUUCAAGACAGUGGGCGACACAGCACUGCUUCUUUGGACAUUGUUACUUCAGAGGCCUUCUCCGUCAUCCUAGAUUUCCUUUAUUCAGGGAAGCUGGAUCUUUGUGGAGAAAAUGUUAUUGAAGUCAUGUCCGCAGCUAGCUACUUGCAGAUGACUGAUGUGGUCAAUUUUUGCAAAACAUACAUCAGGUCAUCGCUAGAUAUUUGCAGAAAAAUAGAGAGAGAAGCUGCUUUCUAUCAGGCUGAUAGCGGAAGCUCUAGCUCUGUCAGAGAGGGCACUUCUUAUGGUACAAAGAGCCAGUGCUCUGCCUCCGUCUCUUCUCUGCAAGAAAAGGAAAGGAUUUCUGAUUGUCAGAGAGAUCCUCCCUGUGGUGAAUGUAGCAGCUGCCACCCAAUGGAACUUGUGGUGAGAGACCCUGUAAGCAGUGAUUCUCCAGAUGACAUUAAUUCUUCUCUGCCCAAAGGGAUAGUAGAACCAAAAGUAGAAUUUGACUCUGAUGAAGUGGAAGUAGAAGUGGGUGAACGACUACAGCAGUAUCCAACUCCAUUAUCUCUUGAGCAGAUGGAAGAGGGGCUGCACAGUGGCCAGGCAAUGGACUUAGCCUGCAAUAACUAUCAUAUGAAACAGUUCCUGGAGGCCCUGCUACGCAGCAGUGCGGCUCAAAGAAAAGAUGAUGUGGUUCAUCAUUUUGUUCGGGGCUUUGAGGGUAGGCCAGAAGAUGCAGGGGUGGCCAUGAGUUCCAUGAUGGACAUUCACAGCGACUGGUAUGGUGAGGAUACAGGUGAUGUGUUAGUUGUGCCAAUCAAGCUCCACAAAUGCCCGUUCUGUCCCUACACGGCUAAGCAGAAGGGAAUACUAAAACGGCACAUUCGCUCUCAUACAGGGGAGAGACCCUACCCUUGUGAGACGUGUGGCAAACGCUUCACCCGGCAGGAGCACCUUCGGAGUCAUGCUCUGAGUGUGCACCGAUCAAACAAGCCAAUUAUCUGCAAGGGUUGCAGAAGAACGUUCACAAGUAGCCUAUCGCAGGGAUUACGGCGCUUUGGCUUGUGUGACAGCUGCACUUGUGUAACGACUACGCAUGAGGAUUCAAUGCCCAUUAACCUCAGUCUGAUGGAACCUUCAUCAGAAGGUCAAGAAAAGGGUGAUACAGACAAUGAUUGGCCUAUAUAUGUCGAAUCUGGUGAGGAAAAUGAUCCAGCUGAUGAUGAUGAUGCUGAUGAUAAGCAGGAGAUCCAUAGAAGCUUAUCAGACCGAGAGGCACUUAUGUAGUAACAAAAGGAGGGUUGGCGGAUUUAAAGUGUCUCCCCUGUGAUUGGUCAUUCUGCAGCAGAAAACUGCAUAUUUAACCAGUUUUGUGGAGCUGUGUGUUUUUUAUUACUAAAUUCCAGUUUUGAUAGAACAGGUGGGAAGAACUGGAUUUUGGAAUUUUGAAAUAUUUUUUAACUUUUCAGUGCUGUGCACUAGAAUUCUGAGGGAAUUUUCUAUCCUGGGAGAGCAGAGGCUGUCUCCUUGCAAUCACGUGUUGUGCUUCUGUACCCUGGCUAUGAGGGAAGGAUAACGCUCUUUGCAGGUGAAGGAUCAUCAUGAUCAUUUGAUACUGAGUUUCCUCUCACAAUGCUGCCAUGGUCCCUCAAUCCUGGUCUCAAGGGGCCAACCAUCAUCUUUCUAGGAAGAGAUGUGGAGAAAAUAAAUGUAGUUUUCAUCCUUAACCUUGGACUUCUCUAAACUGUUUUGCAAUCUUGUCCCUCUUAUGCUAGGAAAGUCCUAUCUGAAACUGUAAAUUCUAACUGUUUGUUUAAUCUUAAAACUUUAGAAUAGGAUUUGACCUGGAAACCACGGUAAAUUACCAGGAUAACAAAUAUGCUACAGAGGGAAGCAUAUUCAGUAGAGAAUCUUCACACAUGUUUGUUCAUAUAUGUACUUAGAGAGCAAGCUUCUAUUUUUGGGCAGUUUUCACUGCAUUUCCAUCCCUGGAGAACAAGAGAGCUUGGGCUGUGAUUCUUCUGGUCUAUCUUUAAUGCCCAUAAGACAGUAGUCCAGGCCUGAGAACUACACAGAAUAUUUAUUCUAUGAUCUAGUAAAAUAGUGUCCAAAGUGCACUGGUUACUGAAGCAAGACUAAGUGCACUGCCCACCUCUUUUCAACCAUUUAAAGUAGAAGUUAUAACCUAGCAAUCUAGAAAAGUGGUUUCUUUAGUAGAUGAAAUAGUCAGAUUUACCGCUGAUCUAGCUGAAGUACAAUUCCAAAAAAAAAAAUCUGGACUACAUAUAGAACACCAUCCCUGCAAACUGUUUUUGAAGAAGCCAGGUGAGACCCCCUUGUAAAAUUAGAGACUCCCUGUAUGCAAACUUCCCCUUUCCUAAUGAGAUUUUUCUUCUUAUAUAAUCAAAAAUAGUCUUUGAUGAUUCCUAUAAUGGUUUGUACCCUUUCAUUGUCUUAUGAAUUCAUCCAGGUACUGUCUCUUGUUAAAAUUCCAACUUGGACUCUGCGUUUUCCUUGUUGGACAGAUACAAGUUGGCUUUUGAAGGAGGUGAGAUUACUUUAUUUAAUUUAACCUGUCCAGUACCAAAUUGCGGUAGACUAUGAAAUUAGCUGGGAAACUGUAAAGAGCUCUUGGGUAAGCUACUGCUAAACUUAAGGCUAAAGAAGUUACAAUAUUGAAGGAUUCUGUGCAGUGAAGGUGCAUACUGUAUGGAGAUAGUACGUUCUAACUUGUUCGUAAAUGUUUAAUGAAAAGCAUUGCAUUUGGGCCUCACUUUCUGGAUCAAGUGCUAGAACAGAAGAUCGCAGACAGACAUCACUGACACAGGAAGAUCAUCUCAGUUAAAAAGACAGUUUUCCUUUCUUAUGUUUUAAAGAAGACUUUACAUUGAGCAAACAUAAAAUGGAACAUUUUUAUAUAAAAAGCAGAUGAUUUAACCAGU